UUCCACACGGACUUUUCCAUUUCGCUGUUCCUCACCCACAACCGCGCACCCCCCCGGCUCCCAAUCUCGAUUCGCCCUCAAGACCCAGCGCCGUUCGCUUCGGGCAUAGUCACCGUGGACGCGGGUCUAACCCUGGGCUCCUCCAGCACCACCCAACUUUCCUCCCGUCACCUUCUGUCCACGACCAGCAAGCACCUGGUCCCCCCCCCAAGAAACGACGUUUCGUCAAAAAUUUAGAACGGAGGUUUCUUCGCCCACAACCCAUUCGCCCCAUCCUCAUCACUCCCCAUCUGUCCUCGCACCUCUCCUCCUUCAAAAGCGCAGCCACUCCACUGGCCAAGCUUUCUCCGUCACCUCAAAACUGGCCCCGUCUCCUGUGAUUCCUGCCGUGUACGGGUCGAUCCUCUAGCCCACAACCGCUCCCAACACCCACGACCGCACCAAGUAUCUGUCUGGUUCGGUGCGAGGUCGCCCUCGACAACCCGCGUCUGCGCAAUCUCCGCAAGCUGCCUUCCCAAAACGCAAAGGUGUCGCCGCAAGCGCAGGUCCAGCAGCAGCCUUCUGCUGCUCACGCUGCAAAGCUGCCUUUCAUCGAAUCGACAGACGCCGUCAUCGACGCCGCCUCCACCCCCCUUCCCUUUCCAACCGUGUCUUCGAUCAAGCAGCCUCCCUUUCACAUCAACGCCCACGAACUGGAUCGUCAAGAGGAGAGAGACAUCGAUCCUGCUUCUCUCCAUGGGCAUAUCACGACGCCGCAUACCGCAACAGAGCCUGGCACGCAGCCGGUAACAGCAAUCCGCGCUGGCCCGGCUGGCAUGGCUGCCAGGAACGGUGGCCAUCCGCUCCCCCCUCGCCCUCCCCUGGCGUCCCAUCAGUCCAACUCCGUGCCCUCGACGCCGCAUCAGCAUGCGAGAGAAUUCCAGUCAAGGUCUCGCUCGCCUUCUCCCAACGCCGGCCUCGGCCUCGGAAGCCACUCUCCGCGUUCCGUUCAGUCGGAGGGCCCCAUAGCGACGCUGCCAAAGGGCCGCCCCGCUUGCAAGUAUGAGACCAGCGCCGCGUUCAGCAGGAGGAGGAUGCAGUACGACAUUGGCGACGCGCCGCUCGAAAAUCCCAAAGAGGAACCAAAGAAGGCACUGGAUCCACACGAGGAGAAGAAGUUGAGCGGCGACAUGCGGGAGCUUUACGAUCGGUUACUUCCUUCGGAGGAGAGCAACCGGAAAAGGCUCAAGUUUGUGCAGAAGCUCGAGCGCAUCUUACGCUCCCAGUGGCCAGAUACCGAGUUCAAGGUUCAUAUUUUUGGCUCCUCUGGCAAUCUGCUGUGCACGAGCGAUUCUGACGUGGAUAUUUGUAUACAGACGCCCAUGAAGAAGUUGGAAUCCAUGCACAGUCUGGCUGACACGUUGCAUAAUAACGGCAUGGAGCGAGUGGUCUGCAUAGCAGCUGCAAAGGUACCUAUAGUCAAGAUCUGGGACCCUGAAUUUGAGCUGGCUGCAGACAUGAACGUGAACAAUACUCUCGCCCUGGAGAACACGAGGAUGAUCAAGACCUACGUUCAGGUUGACGACCGUGUUCGCCCUCUGGCCAUGAUCAUCAAGCAUUGGACGAGGCAGAGGAUGCUGAACGAUGCUGGCAUUGGCGGCACGCUGAGCUCGUAUGCUUGGAUAUGCAUGAUCAUCAAUUUUCUGCAGACCCGCAACCCUCCUAUACUGCCUGCAUUGCACCAGAUGGAGCACGAAAAGUAUUACGCUCAGGAUGGGACCGAGUCGGGCUUCAACGACGAUCUCUCGAAGCUUCGCGGCUUUGGCUCGGCAAAUAAAGAGACCAUUGGAGAGUUGUUAUUUUAUUUUUUCCGCUUUUACGCCUAUGAGAUGGCCUACGACUCGUCCGUGAUAUCGGUACGUCACGGAAAAAUACUAACACGAAAAGAGAAGGGCUGGGAUCACACUUCGAAAGAGGGACAGUGGCGUCUGGCUAUUGAGGAACCGUUCAACACAUCGAGAAAUCUUGGAAACUCGGCGGAUUCCACUGCCUUUCGUGGACUUCACCUUGAGCUGCGGCAAGCUUUCGCAUAUCUCGCUGACGGCGCCCAGCUGGACAAGAUGUUGGUCGCCUACGAAUUUCCGCCAGAAGAAAAAGGCAUAUUUCAAAAGCCAAAAUCGGGACCGAAGCCUGUUUUGUCGGCUGCUAUCCCACCCGUUCAACCGUCGAGUCGAGUGCCACGAGGAGGCGGCAGCUUGAGAGGAGGCAGACACAGCAACUCGAGGCAAGGAAAUAGCUUUCGGAGAUCCUCUAGUGGCGCUGCCUUUGGCAGAUAUCCCUUCCCCUUCUUGAACAGCCCUCCCAUCGGGUUGAGCGGACUGGAUUACAUGAACGUCGCUGGAUCCCCAGAAGCUUUUGCGCGUUUGCAGGAGCAGCUUCUGCAGGUAAAUGGCCUUCAGCUUGAGCAACUCAAGGCAAAGUUUGCUUUUCAGGAGCAGCAGAUUCGUGCAGCCGAGCAGGCUCGCAAUGCCUCUGUGGUGCACGCUCACACCGUUGCGCAGGGAUCAAGCAAGGGCAGCCAAGGCAAUGGCUCGAACGCGUCACCGCAGAAGACGCCGUAUUUGACCGGGAAUUCCAGCCCGCAGCUGUCACACAGUUCGAUGAUCUAUCCGGAGUACCUGUAUCAGUCGUUCGCAUAUGAAGGACACCCCCUCUCGCAGUCUAUAUCUCACGACGGUGCGAGAACGAACCCGUCGUCGCCCUCUCUCUCGAAUGCUGCUCCUCGCCGACAAACGCAGCGAACGGCUGGACUGAAUGGCUCCGCACAAGGAAGUGGAAGCCUUCGGUCGCAGUCUCAGCCUGCCCGUGGCCUUCCUUCGACGUUUGCCGUACCGGGAUACCCGCAGUUUGCUGGGAUCCCGGGCUACGGCUUUGCUCCUUACCCAGUUUCCAACACAAGUCAAGAUCCGUCGGCGAUGAGCCAGUCUAGUGGAGACGGCUCCAUCAUCUACGGUGAGACCAACAUAUAUCCAACCCCCAAGGAGUACGUGGGGUACUAUGUGCCAGCUACGCAGCCUCCUGUUGCAACGCAUCAGCAAAUUCCCACGUUCGGCACCUUGCCGCAGAUACCGCAGUUCAGCGAGCUUGCGCAUCGCAGGAACAGGCAAAGUCAAGAUUUACAGCUGACGUUGAAUGGGAACAGACAUGCUUCUCGAUCUCCAUCGCCUCUUGGCCACCAGCGGACGUUCUCAAUACCCGUGCACAACUCGGCUGGGUUGAGAUCGGCCCCACUACCUAGAAUGGCGGAACAGCACCACCCUGAUCGGAUCGAGCUGCCGCCUGCGUUAAGAACUGGCCGACCGAACGCUGGACCAGCGGUCGUCAAUGGAUCGAUGCCGUUGCCAAAAACACCGGGGAACCAGAGCACAACGAGCGACGAGGAUCCCACUGCGGUGGUGGGAACCGAAGAGACGAGCGCCGGGUUCUUCACAAAGGGUGACAUCUUCGUGCAGAACACAAACGCCCUCGGCCUGAGUGGGUUUCAAUCAUCGUUCGCUGCGGGCGACUCUUCAAACUAUCAAGAUGCGUCGACGAUGUAUUCUACACACGAGCCAAAAGCACUGUUCUCAGAUGCACCUGCAGCUGGCGUGGAGAACUUACCGCCACCAAAAAGCACGAACCCCUCGCCAUCCCAAGCAUCCGUGUCGUUUGCGGAUUCAAGUAUGUCAGUCGCGAACUCAGGAGGCGACGAUCAGGCAUCGCCAAAUUGCUUUCAAUCUUCGUGGAACGCGCCCUCGGCCCUGACAUCAGCGUCGAAAUCUGCAACGCUGCCUCUGGACACUAGUAAAGCUGCACAUAUGCAUGGUAAGCAUCCUGAGCCCAAGACGGCUCCGGUACUCAGCCCUGUGUACGAGACAAGAUCGCCCUCACCAACCGCUACACGGAGGACGGAUCACGUGAGACAGAGCAGCAUCAACGGAGUAAUUGCGCCUGUGAACGGCGACUCUCCGCUCAUCAAUGGAAACUCUGGCAUGGACCCUGUACCACCGACGCCUUUGAACGACGGCGCGGAUAGGAGCAAGCAAGGAAUUACACAGCCGAGUGCCAACGGGCAGUGGCAGACCGGCAGGAAGAAGAACAGGAGGCGAAGCCGCUCAGGGCCGAAUCCUGCAAAAUCUGCUUCAGGUGUUGUUUCCGCUUCCGCGCCGGCUGUGGGAGACGAUAAGAUAAGAUCGACUGCCGCUCCCGCACCAGAGACGGAGCGAAAAGGUGGAUGAGGAACGAUGGGCUUUUGGAAGUACGCUUUCAAUCUGUCCCUCUCCAAGAUAUCCAUGCUAGAUGCAUUCAUUUUCAAUGAAGAGAGCCAAAUUCCCACGGAGGACAAAAAAAGAGGAGGAGGAGGAGGAUGAGGAGAAGAAGAAGAAGAAGAAGAAGAAGAAGAAGAAGAAGAAGAAGA